CAACAACGGUGACGGAGGCGGCGCGGCAGACACAGCAUGAUAGAAGGGCGCCUAAAGGCAAUCGUGGCCAACCUUCUAGGUGACUGGAUCGAAAGCGACAAGUUAGACCUCAGCAUCAACAUUUGGAACGAUGAGAACGUGCGCUUUGAAAACGUCAACUUGAAGGACUCGAUCAUCCCCGUGUCGGCGCCGUUCCGGCUCAAAGCGGGUCUCAUUGGGUCUUUGACGAUGAACAUUCCAUUCAAAACGUUCGGGACCACGCCGGCCAAGAUCACACUCACAGACGUGCUUGUCGUGCUGUCUCCGCGCAACUUGGACGACGUUGAGAAGGUACAAGAGAUCGAAUCUCUCAAAGAAGAAAAGAAGGCCGCGUUAGAGAAAGAUGUGUUGGAACGCAUCCACGGGCCUCCCAUCGACAAGACAGUUGUCGUUCAGGACUCGCAACCUCCUUCCACAUCGACAACGGACGCGAAGACAAAGCCGGCGAAAUCAAAGAAAGACGCGCCUGAAUCGCAAGGGUAUUACGGCGCCGACGGGUUCUUUGGGCGGCUCGUCACGCGGCUUAUGGACAACCUGCACAUUGAAUUCAAGAACGUGCACAUUCGCUUCGAAGGCGUCGAUACGAGCCGCGACUUGUCCCAAGCGCCCCGCUCGGCCAGCGGAAAGUACGCGGUCGGCUGCAGCAUCGGCGCGCUGUACGCGGAAACCACGGGCAGCAACUGGAUCGCCAAGGCCCGCAACGAAGCCGACCCCGAGAGCGGCAACCACGUCGUGUGGAAGCUCAUCCAGGCCACCAACAUGUCGGCGUACGUGGACCCACACGCGCUGCACUUUGUGCAUUCGUCCAAGCACCCAAAGGUGCUGCAUGCGACACUGUUCCGUCUCAAAGCGAUGGCGGACCCCGCGACGGACCUGCGGUGGUGGAAGAAGCAAGCGACCGACGCGGACGCGCACACCCACCGCUUCGUGUUGGCCCCGUUCCACGUCACGCUCAAGUUGACGAUGAACAUCGAUGUCAAGGACGACCAGACUGUGGACGACACGCCGCACUACUCGGCGGUGUUUGAACUGUCCAAGCUGGUGGCGAUGGCCGACGACGAGCAGAUGGUGCUGGUGACGCACGUAUUGGGGUUGUUUACACUGCACGACCAGUGGCGCCACGCGAUCGCUCAACGCGUGCGCUCCGACGAGCGCGAACACUACACGACGACGCUCAACGACCAGUACUUGGUGCUGUGGGAGGCGCUGCACAAGGUGUACACCAAGCAGCCCAAGUGGGACCUCGUCAAGAAGACGGACGCGUGGAAGCAGCUGCAGGCGCUCGAACAGCUCGUGUCGGUGGACGCGGCCAUCGCGAUGCGCAACGCCGCGGCGUUCGAAGACGACGAUGUGACGAUGGACCCAGACAUGUCGCGCACGUCGCUGCACGACUUGGGCGAAGUGUUUGGCAUCCCCGCGCCGCAGAUCAACGUCAAGUUUCAACGGGGUGAGUUGGGCUUGAAGAUGCAUCUGAAUGCUCGUCACGAACCCGUGGUGGACGAAUGCUAUGGUCAAGCCAAGACCAAAACCGCCAUCAAACCUGGCCUGUUGCUCGUGAAAAUGGACGGUCAGGACCUGUCGUCGCUGGUUUCGUUCGCAACCAUUGACGAGUUGAUCCAACAUCUCCACGCCAAGACCCAACUGGCGUCGUGCGUCCUCACGUUUCGCCACCCCCAAGUGCAAGCCAGCAUCGUGACGCCGAAGCAAUUGGUGUCGAUUCUGGACGUGUGUGCGCCGCACGUGGAGCUGCGUCUGGUGCUGACGCCGUUGAAGCAAGUGGUGGCGUCGGCCGUGUUCCAUGCCGUGGACCUGUCGAUCCGCGGGUUUGGGCCCGGGUGGUUCUCGUUCCAUCGGUAUCGACUGUCGGCGCGUCACUUUUACCUGCAAGAGUCGGUUUCGUCGCCCCAUCGCAAUCAGUGCUUGGCGUCGAGCAUCGAUCAGAUCAAGCACCCCAAAGACGUGCGACCGAUCUUUGUGCUGGACAUGAACUGCUUGGAAACGGACCAUCCUUCGUUACCUGCGGGUCCACCACCACCAACAACUACUACUGCUGCUACUGAUGGUUUCACAUAUGCCACGCAAUACGGUCUGCACGUUGGCGACUUGAUUGUCAUCUACGAGCGGACGAAAAUGCUCGCUUUCACUAGAGCGCUGUCCGACUUCGCUGCACGAGCAUUUGGGCCUGCCGCCGCGACCCCACGCCCCGUGGCCAACUCGUCGACGACGUCGGCGAUGCUUCUGCAAGCAGACACCCCCCUUCGACUCCGGUACGAUUUUUCCAUCCAGUCUCUUCGCGUGUUUGUCAAAGCCCCGGGCGUCCAACCACGCCAACGGGCCACACGAGCCGAAUCCGUAGCCAUCAACCCAACGACCAGCCGGUCCAUUUUCAGCCAACUCACGCUGCACAAGGCUGGCGGGAUGGGGCUCAACGAUUGGCUCAAGGACACCCUGAUGCUGGAGCGCGUAGUGGCGGCUGUCAUUCAUCUACAGAGGUACGUCCGCGGCCGCAACAUCCGGCGCUUUGCGCUGCCGUCGCGUCGGCCGUUGUACCCCCCCGCCCUCCCACCCGACGCCCAUGACGUGCAUCCGGACACGGAGCGACAAGGGGGGUACCUGUACGUGCACGACUACCGCCUCGGGUGUCGGCGGUGGAUGCCGCUGUUUGUCGUGCUGGACAAGACGACGGGCGUCCUUGGUCUAUAUCGGAAAGCGUCUUGUUUAGACGACGACAUGGUCGAGUUGUGGCCCAUGGAGCACUGCGUGGAUGUCGCGAUUCGCCCAAAAGAUCAAACGAGUAUCACUGCCCCGUGCUUUGCCUCACCGAUGCACUUUCUCGAGAUCAAGUUUCGGACGACCAAGUUCGUGACCAACGCGUUUGGAAACGCGGCGCACACCGUCAUGGACACGCUCGAGUUGCUCGUCGCGAGUGCCGAUCCGUCAAGCAUCAGCAUGUGGCAUUCCGCCCUCAAUGGGUUCAAAGUGGGGGACGUGACAUCAGUUCCUCGAGCGCCGACGCUAGGGUUGCGGAAAUGCAUGGUCGACGCGCGUGGGGCGUACCGGGGCUGGCUGUUCCGUCAAGACUUGACGCUGGCCUUCCGACGAUGGCAUGAACACUUUGUGUAUGUGGACGAAUGUGGCCAGCUGCGCUUUUACGAAGACAACACUGCUCGGGUGUUGAUCGAUCAAGAAAUGGUGGAAAACAUCGUGUCGGUCGUACAUGUUGGGAACGUGGUCGACCUGGUCAACUGGGAAGGAGCACAGCCGCCUCGACUUGAAGGAGCCGGGCCUGUGCGACUGCAAAGUCUGGAUGUCAACCACUUGGGGCCGGCGGGGGAACUGGAAGGCCGCUUGUCGUAUUGUAUCGAAGUGACCAUCGUGGACAAGGCCGACGACCCCUCGACCAAACCAAACACGUCGCGCUCGUUCCUCUUGGCCUCGUACAGCUACGAGGAAAUUGCAGAUUGGCGCCAUGUUCUGUGGGAAAAACGAAUGGCCUGCCGACGAGAUAUGUCCAUUCAGCACCUGCGACGCCCGGCGCCCAACAAGAUGGUGUCGUGGCCGACGUGGUGGCGCGCCCACUUGGGCGUCCGGUUCAGCAACACGGCGAAACCCAACCACAACGUUCGCACGAUGUACGCCAACUUGCACAAGUGGAUCAGCCUGUACACGAACCACGUAUCUGGCACAAUAUAUCUGCACGACCCCGCGCCGAGUUCUGGACUGAGCAUGGAGCAAGCUGGCGCCCUUGUGGCCGACGUGCGCAUGGGGCGACUCGAAGUGCGCGAUCGGCGGUCGGCCAAACCGCACUGCCUGGUGUACAUUGGGGACACGUUUUUGGAGUUUGAGCGCGGCAAACUCAAGGCGGUCGCGAUCAAUGCCGAGCAGCUGCAAGACAAGGGCCAGUUUUCAUUGGCAUUGCAGUUUUGCGGGCCGCAGAUGAAGGACAAAUUCGACGGAGACAACGUCAAGCCGGGGCUGUGUCUUGGCGUGCAAUUGAGCGGCUGCAUCUUGCCCCAGGCGUUCCAACAAGUGGUCGCAGAUGCCUUGUGUGAACUCGCCCCUCUGUGGGACAACCCGACCCCCCCUCCACCUCCCGCAUCGUCUUCUGUGUCUUCGGAACCGUACAUUAGAUGCCACGAAGUCACGGUGGACAUUCGCAUCGGCAUGUUUGAGGCGUACGUGGAAGAGAAGCACUGCGUCGCCAAGUUUGUCAUGGAAGGCAACGCGUUGUCGUACUUUGCAUCCACGGACUGCGAGCGCAUGCGCUUGGCGUUGGCGUCCACGUCGUUGCACGUCAUGACGACUGAAAACCAGCUCCGUCUGGCCCAAGUCGACGGGUUUGUGGUCGAGUACGACCUCGCGAUGCACUCGUUGGAUCGAACGACGUCGAUCAGCAUCGAUCAGGUCAAACUGGAAGCAGACCGUCGUAUGCGGGUGUUGUACCAGCUCUUUGAAGCCUUCCAGUUGUUUGAAGACGACUACGACGACGACGACUUCGAUGGGGGCAACGACUACACCCCCGAUGAUAACCUGUCGAUGGUCGCGCCGUCGCCGCUGUCGUCGCCUGUCCCCCACGUGCCUCCAUCCGACUCGACGCGGCCGCGGCACGUCCGCAAUGAAUCCGGCGUGUCGGUGCGCUCCCAGCGCAGCCUUCGCGCCCAUCCGCGGAGCCAAACCGGUCGAAACUCUGAGUUUUUCCAAACGCUGUCGUAUAUUCAACCGCUCUUGUCGUACCAAGCGUACGUGGUGCUGCUGCAUACGUACAGUGCCACGUUUUGGGCUGGCACCAAAGACGUGAUUGACGUCGAGUGCAAAAGGGUCGUGUUCGAAGUGGUCAAGCGCAGCUUGUCCUUGGUCGCCCUCGACACGUACAUCCCCGUGAUCAAGUUCUCGGUCAGCGACAUUCAAAGCCGCGCCCGGACGUCGACUGAGUUCCGUGGCGACUUUGACGUGGAUGCCACAGUCACGUUUUCCGCUCGGUACUACAACAAUGCAUUGGCAGACUGGGAGACGGUCGUCGAGCCGUGGCAAGUCGUCGGGCACGUGAGCAAACCGCUUGGGGGGGCCGGCAUGCCGUUGACGGUCGAUUUCAACGCCCGCCACCGACUCAACGUCAACUUUACCGAAGCGUUGGUCCGGCUCGUGGUGUCUGUGACCAAGCACCAAAAGCCGUCGUCAAUGAAAAACGCCGACCGCAUAUUCCCGUCGUCCAGCGAGUCGUCCGAGUGUGUCAACGUGAUCAACAAUCUCGGCGUGCCCCUUCGUCUGGCCAACUUGAACACGACCAACCCAGGGGUGCUCACCGUGGAGAUCCGAGACGGAUGGAGCCUCCCCACGUACACGCGGUUCCACGACGCCAAGGUCGAGGUGAUCAUGCUGCCGUGGUGGAACCCCCAGGAAACGAGCACCCCCCUGGCGUCGUUGAACUGCACGUUUCAAUUGAAAUACGGUGGCGCGAAUGCCGGCGUGGCGCCGAAACUUCGGCUCAACGUGCGCCUGCAUGGCAAGGACACGGACCACGGGUCUGUGGAGCUCAAUUUGGCCGGGAACCUCAUGGGCACCGACAAGUUGGACACGAAACGAGUCAAGUUUUGCCAGUGGCAUCGAUUGAGGGAUCCCCGGGGGGUGGUCACUGGCGAGGUGCUGGUCGCCCUGCACUUUACGCCAACGCUUCCGCUCACGAAAGGAUCGACGGUGCAAACUGUCUUGAGUGGGGGGUCCCUCAUGGUCGAUCCGUUCCGACUCGGGUCUGGCGGGGUCGACAUGCGGGACUCCACGGACGGAGACUCGACGUUGAAGAUCAAAGUGCCCGAACGGAUUCGCAACGGCUACGUGCCGCCACUGGCCCUCGAAGUCGUGGUCGAUGGUCGGCCUCGGAGCUUGCUGUGUCCGCUUCAACGCGCCGGCAAGUUCUUCAUCAAAGGCGAAGGCGUGCUGGCUGAAGUCAAAGUCGCCCAGCGCGACGAAUUGCGCCGCGUGUUGAUGCUCAGCUCCCCGAAACAAGUCAAGAAUAUGACCAACGUAGUUGUAAACGUCGGCACGUUCCCGUUGGCAGAGUGCGACUCGUCGGCUCUCGACGGCCUGCCCCUUCCAGUAAGUGCGCGAGGUCGGUCCAUUUCGAUUCCGAGUGUGCCCAGACUCGAGGCGAUGGUGCCAGUGAACCCCGGACGCAAGUAUUCCCUUCCUCUGGGGGCGUUGUACAGCGACAACUUGUAUGGCGUGAUGCUCCAAGUGCAAAACUCGAAGCGGACCAAAAUUGCCGAGCUAGCGACCCUCCAAGAUCAAGUGGGGUGCCACGUCGUGUACCUGGCCCCCGUCCACCACGAAGACUGCGGGUACUGCUUCUUCAUGGAGAUUUCUAGCCACAUGCGCAACGUGUACCGCGAAGAGCAGUUUGACACGGAAUCCACGGCAUCUGACAUCAUCAGCCACGACUCCAAGUACCAAAUCCGACUGCACGCCGGGUUUGUGUUUGAAAACGCACUGCCGAUUCGGUUAAAGUACAAACUCAAAGUGCCAUCUCGGCAGGAAACGGCCACGACGAUCGUGGUGGCGGAAGGAACGCUCGCACCAGGGGAUGAAGUAGAGCUCCUGCACUUUCACAAACAAGCGUACUUGUACUUGUGUGCGCCGGACGAAGCGUCGUCGUGGACGCCGCCCAUCAGUUUGGCCAAGUGCAUUUCCCAAGAAGGCACGACGAUUUCCAACCAAACCAUCUCCCGAGCCGACGAGCCGGAGCAGCGCCGCAGCGCCGACACGCUCGAGUUUAUCCGCGAGAGUCCCGUGGCCAACGACAUCGUGCGCAGCAUAGUGCACUUAUUCACGGCGCGACUCGACUACACCGUGGCCGACAACGGCAGUCCGCGCACGGUGAUUUUCUGCUCCGUGUGGGUCUACAACUACUCGCACGUGAACGAUCUGCUGGUGCGGUGCUCGGAAAACAUGAUCGUUACGUGUCCGACGAUGAAAGACCAGCCCAAGCCGCGCCUGAUGGACUGCCCGACUCUGGCCCUGGAACUGAACACACUCAUGAACCACGAGCCGGGCCGGUGGUCGGAACGCAUUCACGCGGGGGUGGUGGGGGUGCAGAAGUCGCUCACGCUCAAGGGGGCCCAGCGGCAAAAGCACGAAGUGGGCGUGGCCAUCCAGCGCCCCAUGGGUCAGUUCCACCGCACGGCUCAAGUCAUCAUUUCGUCGCGGUACGUCGUGGUCAACUACACGCGGCUCCAGUUUGUCAUGGCCAGCGAAGCGCACGGUCGUGGCCGCCACGUCGAGAUCGCUGCCGACACGAUCGAGACGCCGUUCGACUAUUUCGGCGACUUGAAAAAAUUGACGGGCAAAACCGUGUGUUUAAAAGCCGGGGGCGGUUCAGAUCGAAACUACUUGAGCUCGGACCGGUGGAGCGGUCUGUUUUCCAUUGAAAACGAAGACGAGUUCUCGCUGUGGCUGCCCGGGGCCCGCAUCGACGACCCCGCGACCCCGUCCGUGCCCCGGGUCCGCGUCAAAGUGCACACGGUGGGCGCGACGAUCCUGAUCAAGCUGUCGAGGGACGACCCACCCAUGCUCAGCGUCCAAAACAACACGGACAAAGCGGUCAAGCUGUCCCAGGUCCACCAACACGAGAGCAUGAUCGUCCCGCCCAUGUCCACGUCCACAUUUGCAUGGGAGUCGCCCGACUCGCCUCGAAAAGUGUCGUGCUGCAUGUUCAUGGAGCAAACGGCCAUGGGGAAAUGGACAACCCCCACGAAAACCAAAGUGUGUGACUUCGACAGCCUCGACUCGGAAGAAGCCGUGGUGUGGGAAGACAAGCGGCAUCGACGCCACUUUGCCGCUGAAGUGAAAUUCAACGCGUCGUCUCGCGUGCUCGUGUUUCGGAAUGCCGAGUUCAACGACUUUCGCCGCAGCAAGUUUAAGCUUGAAGUCAAAGUGGUGGCCGUGCGACGCCACGUGGAUGGGUCGACCCCGACCGGGAUACCGAAAGAAGCGCUCGUGUCGUUGCACACGGAUGCGCGCGACUCGCAGCGACAAAUCACCCCCAGCGCCGCCAUGAAAGGCCACGGCGUGUACCGCUUUGAGUACGACAUGGUGUUUCCAUGUGUGGCGCGGCCGCGCCAAUUGUUUGUCGAGCUGUACGAACAAGAAACGAGCUCUACAUCGCUCCAACUGGACAUUGACGACCAGCCCCCUCUGUCCGUCACGCCGGACCACGUGUCCCCUCGCAUUUCAACGCUGUUUCAACGGAUGCCAGACGACAACCAACCCCCUGGAGGCGACGGUGACAACGACCUUGUUGUCGACUUGCAAUGGGAGUCGCCCAUGUCGUCGAGCUGGACAGACUUUGCACCGCUGUCCCAGCCGGCAGAGUACGUGUUGCCCCCACCUCCCAAGCAAAAAGAGCUCGUGGGGAUGGUGGACAUGAAAAUCCCCAACAAAAUGUGGAAGCAGUUGCGCACGACUGAUCGCAAACUGGGCGACUUGGACGGAUCGUGGUGGCCACUGAUCCACCCCGACGGAACCGCCGUGGGGACGGUGCAGCUCGCGAUCAAGUGCACCAUGGUCAACCAGGACAAGGACGACGACCGCCGCAGCCACUACCGCGACGGCGUGAUCAUGAACAUGCACCUGUCGAGCUUUGGCGUGUCUUUUGUGCACAACACGAACCGGUUAGACGUGGCGUACUUUGUCCUGCAGCGCGUGAACGUCAUGUACGAGAACCACAAGGGCACGAGCGAAGUGUCUUUGUUUGUGGGCAACGUCCAGAUGGACAACCAAAUGGAUCGCAAGGUCGUGUUGGGGCCGAGGGGGUACAAGCGCAAGGAAGGGGUCAGCGUCCGGCUGCGAGACCGGUGGCGGCAGUGCCUGAGCCACAAGCACAAGAAAUUGCUUGAGCAAUUCGACAUUGCCAUGCUGCCCGUGGUGCAACUUCGCAUGCUGUACAACGACACGUGCAGCGCCGGGUCGUUCCACGUCGAGCUCGUCGAGCUGGUGCUGCAAGAGCUGGAAAUCACAACCGACGAAAAGUUUGUCGUCAACUUGAUCAGCGUGUUCCAGGGCCUCGAGAGCUUGAGUUCGUCUGAAACGUUCGAGUCCGUUCUGGACAAACGGGUCGUGUACUCUGACAUUGACGCGAAGCCCAUCACGGACGGCAUGUACAUUGAACAACUGGACGUCGAGUCGAUCCGCAUCUUGUUUUCGCUCGAACUGAACGGCGGCAAGCACAUUGCGACCCUCGGGCCGUCCGGUCGACGGCUGGCCACGUACUUGCCCGUGUCCAACGUCAAGGACCUGAGAUUGUACUUCAGCAAAUUGCUGUUUACGCACAUUUACGACAGUCAAACUGUGAUUGUGGACAAGCUGUACCGCCAUUACAUGCAGCAAGCGCUGUUGGUGGUGCUCCAAGGGCUGUACACUGUCACGUUGUUUGUGAAUCCGUUCCGGAUUAUUUAUCGACUGGGCCACGGGGUGCUCGAAGUCGUCCGGCUGCCGGCUCGGGGGCUGGCGUCGGGGUCUCCGGUCGAGCUGCUGAGCGGAGCUUACUUGGGGGUUCGGUCGCUAGCGAUGAACACGAUCAGUGCCAGUUACGAGGCGGUGGCUGGGGCCACUGGCGCCGUGUCGUCGAUCAUCACGCCCAUGAUCUUCAACCCUGCCAAGAAGCACAAGUUCCAAGAAGAGAUGGUCAACUUUCAACGAGCGGUGAUGACCGAAGUGGAUGCAUUUGAUGCGGCGGAAGAGCAGCACAUGACCAAGACCAUCGUCCGCGCCCCUCGGACGUUUUCGAGCAUUGGGCUGCUCGUGGAGUACGGUCCUGGCUCGCUGCCCAUGGACGAACAAGCCCGCGUCGACCUCAAAGCCGCCGUGAUCCUCCAAACAUGGUGGCGCCGGUGUCUCCUCGUCAAUGCGCUGUAUAACAAGGCGAAUUCACUCAAAGCUGCCGUCCAAGUGGAACCUCCGGCAACCUCGUGGGAGUGUCGUAUGAUGUAAUUAUUUAUAUACAUAUAUGAUAUUAACAAGUGUGAAGUCGUUGUUGGUUCGUCCUGCUUGUAAAUCACGUCGUGUUAACGCAGGGGUCGGAAGCUACUGGUCAAGUUGUGGGUCAUGUCGACGAGACACUCCUUGAUCGACGCCAGCGCGAGCAGAAAGUGGUCCCAUCCUGACAACUCGUUUGGAGUGUCGUGGUUCUCGACGUAUUGUGUUUCAAUGGCGUGGGUGUCCACGACCAGUUGGUAGUCUUGCUGCAGCGAACUCAAAGACCGCUUCAACCCGUUGACGACGCCGCGGAGUUCCUUGGCCGAGUCUUCGUGCAGCUUGGCGGCCUUCUCGCUCUUGACGAGUUUGUCCGUGGCAGUUCGCACGGCUUCUUCUAACGCUUCGACUGUGGCUUCGAGGCGUUGAAUCUUCUGCAGCUUGAUGUCGUGGGACAGCACCAACCGCUGCUCUCGGUCGGCCUGGUCGUUCAAUCGGCCUUCUAGCUCCUUGACCUGAGUCGCCAGUUCACUUCGUUCACUUUGCACUUUUCGGUUGGCUUGUGCAAUGUGCUGGCAGCUCUGAACCGCGUCGGCCUUGUCUGCCUCCAGCGUGGCCACCAAGUCCCGCAGAAGCGCGUUCUCUUUUGCGGCGGAGGCGGCCUUGGCGCGCCAGUGCUGAAUCUCAGCGUCCUGGCGUUCCCGGGUCUCGUCCUGCGCUUCUUGUUCCCGCAGAUGAGUAUUGAGCUGUUGCUCCAAAUCGAUGCAUUUUUGCACCGACGUGGCGCGGUGCUGGUUGAACUUUUGCUGGGAUUCGAGUUCUUCAAUGUGUUGGCGGGCGUCAGAGUACUUGGCGCUGAGGACGUCAUGUUCCACCUCCAAGGCAAAGUACUUUUCCGCUAGGAGCGACCCAUUCGAAGCUGCUGCUUCCAGCAAACGCCUCUGGUCGUCGAUUUCGCGCAACGCGGCGGCCAGUCGGUCCUGCACAGUCUUCUUUGUGACCUUGGGGGGGCAAUCUGCGUCGGCUGGCUCGGUCAGCGGUUCGGUCGACUCGACAAGGGCGAUGUCGUCGUUGUUUUCGUUGUUGUGCUCUUCAUAUCGAUAGCGAGAGUCGAGUGCCGAUGCCAUGGGAAGAGGAUUGCGAUAUAUGUCGACAGAAGGAAUGGAAUUCUGUCAUUGAACAUGCAUGUGUGGU